CUGGACACCAGACUGCCAGAGUUUAGCCGCCGUGAGCCCUGGAAAUGCAUCCUCUUGGCCAGGCUCUAGUUUUUCCUCUGCUCACAACGGUUUUAACAUGGCAAUGGCUGGGGGUGAUUUUUUCUUCUUCAAUUCUCAUUGCUGUGAUACGUCGGCCUAUGACUCGCGACCCAGGGACCCCUCUUCAUGUAUGUCAUCAGUUCAUACACAAGACGGAAAUUGUUGACAAGACCAUGCGUGUCUCGUCAGGACGUAUUUUUGUCCGCAGGCCAGGCCAUGGGUGCGGCCGAUACUCGCAAGGUGCCAUGAUGCUGGCCUGUGGCUGGCAUCACACGCACGACUUGGGGGAUGACUAUGUGCAGUGUAUUGCAUGCGUUGACAUAGAGUGUGUACACAGACAUGAAGUUGAGAUAGUCUAAUGGCGGCGUGGUGUUCGCGUUAUGAUCGAGGUUACCGCCCGCUCCCGUUCGACGGCGCAUGUGCAAAUAGUUAGUGGCAUCUAUUCGUAUUCAUCCUUGGUCCGAUCAGUCUUGGUACUGGACAGCCAAUCACAUGACAGCUAUCCCGACGAGCUUCAC